GCCGCUCACUAAGCGCCGCUACACAGACAGUAACAGAAAGCUCCGAAGAGAACGUAGGGGCCGCCGAGAGCUCCUUCAGGGCACUGCGACGACACAUACACACACACACACACGUACACGUACACGUAUAUACAUAUAUAUAUAUAUAACUUAUUAUUUUUCCUCCACGAAAACUUCACCAUCGGUUUGAUCUGAGCGACGAGAAGAGCAACGAGUGCGACGGAUAUAAUACCUGUGUGUGAGUCUCGUCCCACUCCCGAGCAAGAUGAGGUGCGUUAUCCCGGCGCUCGCGGCCGCGCUUUGUCUCGCAUUGGUGAGCUCACAUCCGCUUCCGGAAGACGGGCUUCGAUCGGAGGCCCUCGAUCGGCUGGUGAUGGCCGAAGCCGACAGUGAGGCGGCCCUGAGGAGCAAACGGACAAUCGGCAUCCUACGACAGAUCUUCCCGGAGGUCUCGCAGGAUGUGAACCCGGAGUCCGAGAAUCGAGUGAACGAGAUCGGAGCGGAAUCGCAGAACAACGAGGUGCGAGUGCAGUUCGCGGACGAAGUGCCGAGCGACAACUCGCCGCAGGAGCUGGCGCCAUUGGACGAGGUCGAGGCGCAGGAGGACGACGAGAAUAGGAACAAAAGAUUCCUUUUCGGUUUCGGCGGCGGUGCCGGCGGCAGCGCUGGGUCGGGCAAUUUCCUCUUCGACAUUAUCAGGCAAGCGGCCGACGGGGCGGCAAGAGCGGCAGGCACGGUGUACCGUGUCGUGGCCGGUACACAGAGCCUCGGGCUCGGGCUAAGCGCCUCGCGCGAUGUGGGCCCGGCGCAGCCGGCCGCCCCUGCUGCUGCUAAUCCCACUGGCGGCACCCCGACGUCCGGCGCACCCUCGACAGCCGCCCCUCCAGGAGCCGGCACUCCACCACCGCUGGUGGCCGGAAGCGGAAGUAAUCAAAACCAAUCCGCCGGUGCCACCGCCGGCAGGACGGACGGCACGCAGGAGGCCGUGCCUGGCCCCAUCACCAGGUUCUUCGUCAUCGCCAACCGAGGGAUCUCGAAUCUCGUCCAAGAUCUCAUACUCCGCCUGGCGGCUACGAGCGAACGCAUCGUCAACUUCAAGGCGCGACUCAUCACCUCCAUCAUCUAGGACCUUGCUGGAGGACUGAGAUGAGGAAACAGAAGAAGAGGCCUCGCCGGCUUUGGUACCAUAGCGUCAUGAGCAUCAUCGCCGGACCGAUCGCCUCUGCCAGUAGGAACACGGGUACGACGUUGGCAACAUGACCGUUCACGUGCACGGUGUUGCCCCCUUGUCCCCGGGAUCCGCAACUCGAUUCCCUCGUUGAUGGCCAUCGAGCUCUCUGCGAAAGCACCAGGCAGUUUGUCAUCGAACGCACGCAUCCCCCUAACGAUCGACAUUACUUGAUUCUGUCCGACUUUGUUCACUUUGUUCUCGGGGUGUAGUUUCCUUCAUUCUUUCUUCUCUCUUACAUAUGAUCCCCCCCCUCUCUCUCUCUCUCUCUCUCUCUCUCUCUC